AACGAGGACUCAUCACUGCCUCUUCCAAAGUGCGUGCACAUUGCAUACUCUCUUUCAUGGUAGACCCUCCAUACACCCACCACACACACCAAUUACCGAGGCACACGCGGGCGUGGCCAUACGAUCGUCAGAGAAGAUGGAGAUGGCUAUCGGCACAGCAAGCUGGCUCGUCGGCAAGGUGCUGAAUAAGCUGUCCGAUGACUUGGUGGCUGCAUAUGUGGCCAGCUCCGAUCUCGGCAUCAACUCCGAGCAGAUUAGAUACAAGCUCCAGUACAUGCAAGGGCUGCUGCACGCGGCCCAGGAGAAGGACGUGAGCAGCAACCCUGGCCUGCAGAGCUUGCUGGAGGGCCUGAGCAAGAAGGCUGAUGAGGCUGAGGACGCCUUGGAUGAGCUCCACUACUUCAUGAUCCAGGACAAGUUGGACGGCACCAACAAGGCAGCCGCGAAGCUUGGUGAUAGCCUCCGUGCUCAUGCUCGCCAUAGUCGCCAUGCUGCUCGUCGCACCAUCGGUAACUGGCUUGCACCCUUUUCUUCCUCGUCUUCACAACAUGAUGAUGGCGGCUAUGUUUCGAAGUUGAAAUUCGAUAGAGUUGCCAUGUCCAACAAAAUCAAGUCAGUGAUAGAGAGCAUACACAACCUAUGUGAUCCUGUCUCUGACUUGCUGAAUAAAAUCCCAAAUAAUAACAGAGCUAUCACGCGGCCUCAAACAGGUUCAACAAUUACAGAGGAUAAACUAUAUGGGAGGGGUGCCAUUUUUGACCAAACUGUAAAUGCACUCACCAGUGACACACAUCUUGGUGAAAUCCUUUCUGUUCUACCUUUUGUUGGCCCUGGAGGUAUGGGAAAGACAACAUUCACCCAACACUUGUAUAAUGAUAAAAGGGUUGAGCAACACUUCACUGUCAAGGUCUGGGUAUGUGUGUCAACCGAGUUUCGUGUGCUAGACCUCACUCGGCAAAUCCUUCGAUGCAUACCUGCAAUUGAAAAAGAAAAACACAACUGUACAGUUGAAACAGCCAGUUUAGACCAGCUUCAAAAAUCCAUUGCAGAGAGACUGAAGUCCAAAAGGUUUUUAAUUGUCCUGGACGACAUUUGGAAAUUCAGUAGUGAAGCUGAUUGGAAAUACCUAUUAGCUCCCUUCACAAAAGGGGAAACCAAGGGCAGUGUGGUUCUCGCCACAACUCGGUUUCCAUCUACAGCACAUUCGGUGAAAACAACUGAUCCAGUAGAAUUGCAUGGCUUGGAGCCUGAUGACUUCUUCGAGUUCUUUGAGGCAUGUAUAUUUGGUCAUAGCAAACCCAGGCAUUACAAAGAAGACUUAAUUAAUCUCGCAAGAGAUAUUGCAAAGAAACUAAAGGGUUCGCCCCUAGCAGCCAAUACAGUUGGUCGUUUAUUGAAGAAAAACAUUUCUAGGGAAUAUUGGGUUGGAGUUCUUGAAAAUAAUGAGUGGAAAAAUUCAAAGAAUGAUGGUGAUAUUAUGCCAUCUUUGAAAAUUAGCUAUGAUUACCUUCCUUUCAUUCAAAAAAAAUGUUUUUCAUAUUGUGCACUCUUCCCGGAAGACUAUAAGUUUAGAUAUUUAGAAAUUACUAGAUUUUGGAGCGCGAUAGGUAUCCUGUCAAAAGAUAAAAAUUACUUAGAUGAACUUGUAGACAAUGGUUUUCUCAUGAAGAAAUCUGAUUGGCCAGGUGAUCAAUACUAUGUGAUGCAUGAUUUAUUGCAUGAACUAUCCAGGAAUGUUUCAUCACGAGAAUGUGUCAAUAUAAGUAGUUCAAGUUUUAGUGUCAAAGACAUUCCACAAUCGAUUCAACACUUAUCAAUCACCAUAGAGAAUAUAUAUGAUGAAACUUUUGUGAAAAAAAUGGAAAUAUUGAAGGGCACGAUAGCCGUUAGAAGUUUGCGAACUUUGAUGAUUUUUGGGUCACAUGAUGCAAGACUAGCUAGCGUUUUCAAAGAUGCAUUUGAAGAAAUAAAGGCUCUCCGAGUAUUAUUUAUAUCAAUGAACACUCCGAAAUCCUUGCCCAAGAGCUUUUCGAAACUUAUCCACCUCCGGUACCUUAAAAUUAGUUCACCAUAUGGCUCAAAAGAAAUGACAUUACCUAGCACACUGUCUAGAUUUUACCACUUGAAAUUUUUGGACCUCCUAUAUUGGUAUGGAAGUGAAAUAUUGCCCAAAGACAUUUGCCACCUUGAGAACUUACGUCAUUUCCAUUCCACCAAAGAACUCCAUUCCAAUAUCCCCAAUGUUGGGAAGAUGAAGUGUUUACAGGAGCUAAAGGAGUUCUAUGUUAGGAAAGAGGGUGAUGGGUUUAAAUUGAGAGAGCUUGGGGAAUUGGGAGAGCUAGGAGGAGAACUCUGCAUACGUAAUCUUGAAACUGUGGCGUCCAAAGCAGAGGCUAGUUCUGCUGAACUGAAAAAUAAAAGGAAUUUGAAAGUGCUGGAAUUAGUUUGGAGUACAGAUCACCAAACGAUAUAUGAUGAUGUUCUUGAUGGUCUUCAACCACACCCUAAUCUUAAGGUGCUUAGCAUUGUAAAUCCUGGUGUUGGCCCUUGUCCUAGAUGGUUGUGUGGUGACAUUAGCACAAAAAGGCUGGAAGCUCUCCAUCUAGAGGGCCUAUCUUGGGUUACUUUUCCACCUUUUGAUCAGCUACCGCACCUCAGCAGUCUCACUUUGAAGAAUAUUGUUGGGAUGCACGUGUUUGGACCUGGCUUUAGUGGUGUUACAGAGAGAAGUUUCAUGCACCUGAAGAGAAUUGAGUUUGGUUGUAUGCCAGAACUUGUCAAGUGGGUCGGGGAACCUAAUAGCCAUCUGUUUUCAAGGCUUGAAAGGAUCAAGUUGGGAGAUUGUCCCCUUCUCUGCUGGUUCCCCUUCUUGGAGGGUUCUGACUUAUUUACCAACCUACGCAGUCUUGAUAUUGAUAAUUGUCCCGAGUUAUCUCAGUUCCCUCCCAUGCCUCACAGCACUACACUAACAAAUAUGUGUUUGAGGAAUGCUAGCUCAGUUAUGCGAUACACUGGAAAUGAUUUCACUAUUGAAGGGCAUUGCGGUGCUUUGGCCUUCCACAAUAUGGAUAAAGUAGAGGUUAUGAAAAUUACAGAUGUGUCGCAUAUUUCAUUUUUAGACCUCCAAAGAGUAAACUCAUUGACGAGUGUACAUUUUAAGAAAUGUGACCGCAUGUUCUCUAUGGAAUUGGAAGACAACCUUGUCCUCUGUUCAGUUCAGAAUCUUGUCAUAGAGGAGUUAUGUAUUACUAGUGAAUUGUUUUCAAAGAUGUUGAAGUGUUUCCCAGCUGUUUCCCAAUUUACUAUCAAAGAGUGUAAGGAACUUGAACUUCUGCUUGGGGAGGAUGGAGGACUCUCGAGCCUCAGGAUGCUCCAAUCAUUUACAGGAUUCAGCUGUGGGAAGUUGUUCUCUCGGUGGCACGAGGGAGAAGUAGGUGGAGGAGCUCAUGCCAUCAAACCUUUCCCUACUUCCCUCAGAGAACUUGAUAUUUCCUUGGAGCCAAGUAUGCAGUCAAUGGGUCUGCUCUCAAACCUCACGUCUCUCACAAGUCUAAGGCUGAUAGGUUGUAAAGAACUAACAAUGGAUGGGUUCAAUCUGCAUAUCACAGUCAACCUCAAGAAAUUGACUGUAAAUGCUAUGUAUUUGAGUCAAGAGAAGAACUCUAUAGCAGGGGGUCUGCUCUCAGAGAUUGUAAGGAACAAAUUGAUGCAUGCAGAUUCUUUCCAGCUGGAAGAAUUUAUGGUGGAUAGCAUCUCGGCAGUGCUUACUGCUCCCAUUUGCAGUCACCUUGCCGCUACCCUCCACACAUUGAAGUUCUGCGAUGAUCAACGAGAGAGAACCUUCACAGAAGUGCAAGAGCAAGUGCUUCACCUCCUCACCUCCCUCCAACAUUUGGAAUUUCGAUAUUGCGGAAAUCUUCGGUCCCUCCCUCAAGGGUUACCUUUCCUUUCUUCUCUCAAGACACUACAUAUAUACGGUUGUAAGAAAAUCCGCCGCCUGCCGCCCAAGGAGGGCUUCCCAGCUUCACUGGACAAGCUUCAAGUAUGGUUUUGCAGUCCGAAGCUAACUAAGCAAGCCAAGAAAUUGAGAGGAAGAGACCCAUCGUUUUUGGUACAAGUACAAGAGUAACCUGUAUCAGACUGAAUGAAACUAGGGAGGAGCAGCGAGAGAGAACCCAUGCGCAGGGGAUCUGGAAAUGGUGGGAAUCUUUGCCGCUCCCUCUCAGAUCUCAGGGUUUCCUGCCUCUCUCUCCCGCCCGUCGCGGCGGCGCUGGAGCGGAACGUUGGCGGCCAUCCGAUCUGUUCUGCGCGCGCGUCGGUGGAUCUAGGUCACCAUGUUAGGAGCAGGCAAAAGGCGCGAGUGGGCAGCAGGUCCGCCAAAUAUAUGGGGACACACAUUAGGCGUUCCAGCCAACGGUGGCGUCAUUGUCGCCUGUAAUGAGCGUGCCUUCCCUGUAUGCCGCCCUUGUUGUGAUACGAACGCAAGGAAAGGAACCAAUGAUGUCCCCAGUGAAGACAAUGCAAGAGGCUGAAAGCACUUGCUUAAAAAGUUUAGGUGGCCCCUGAAUUCAAGCAGAUGAUUUCAGGGAGAUGAGGAAGAAGACGUUGAUGACCUGGACAAUGAGUUCAACUAUAAUAGGUAAUGGAAUGGCAAAGGUCAAGAGUAGCAGGUGUAGGGUCAAGGAGAAGAUAUUGAUUUGUCUUCAUUCUCGCCAUGAACCUCAUCAUCUUAUUUCUCGAUUGACAAGUGGGCAACAGGUAAAUAUUUAUCAUCCAGGCACUUGCUUCUAUUCAUUUGAGACUUGAGCAGAACUCAGAAUGGAGAAGAAUAUGGUCCCUGGGUUCCAUUUAUUGGGAUUAUGUUCCUUUUUUAUUUUGUUUUCAACUGGUCAGAUGCUCUUUUACGAAGGCUCAAGUUGUUUCUGUAGGAAUGCCUUGCUCUCUUGUGCAUUAAUGCACUGGUAAUAUUCUUCUGACUUCUAGAUAGACUUCUUAAGAAACAUGCACGUAACCCGCCUCCAGUCUUAAUUUGAGGUGAUGCCUCCCCAUUUAUGUACCUUCUGAAACCUGACGGUCUGCAUGUUUCAAUUAAUUGUGGGCUGGUAGAUGUAUCCUGUCAGCGUUGUGGAGCUAGAUGCAUUAGGAAUAGGUUCACACAUUCAAGUCAAUCUGCCGGACUAGAAACAGUCAGAAGAAUGGGCAUUUGGCAGCUUGGCAUUCAGGACAUAACUCAAGUGAGAUGAUAACAGCAACAAAAGCAAUUGUCUUGAUAAUUUGAAGGAACUGUUGUCUCCUGUAUUUGACCACAAAUUCCAAAGGCAUUCGUCUCAAUUUCUGAAGCCCAACCUGGAGGAUUCAAUCAUUCAUUCAAGGUGUAUAAUUUCUGUUCUGGACUAUAGGCGGCAUAAUCUCUGUGCUCCUUUUGUUCUCCUAGCUCAAUGGUGGAGUAAUUGCGCCAAGAGAAGUCAGCAAGUUCACCAUGAAGCAAACAAAGUAUGUACGGAAGAACAAGUAUUCAAACAUGUAUUCUGAACUUUGACAUGGUAUCACAUUAUGUGUUCAGGACUCGGCUACUAUGUUGCAUGUCUCUCUAUUGCCAAAUGUCAAGUGCCAACCUGUCCUCUAUUUGUACAAUACAGUGGAAUGGCAGCCUCUUGUGGCAAGUUCAGUGUCACCUGUUUCCCCAAUUCCGGUAUGUUGCUCCCUCUGUAGCCACACUUCUUCCACAAGUUGCUCGACGCGGUCUGUUGCUCCCUCUGUAGCCUACCGCUUCCUCCGUAUUGAGGAGUCUGGGGCCAACCUGGUGAGGAGUCUAAAAUGUUGGCAGAUUUGGGUUCAGACAGAGUUCCUCCAUCCAGAGAAACGUGUCUUGGUAUUUUUGCGAAGCUAAUGGCUCCUGCAUCUGACCACAAAUUCCAAUGUUUAGUCAUUCAGGUUUUUCCUCUCAACAUGUGGACCUAAACUUGGAAGAAUUCAUGAUUCAAGGUGUAUCAUGGCUGCUCUGGACGAUAUAGGCUAUAGGCUGUACAAUCUUCAUCGAAGUCUUCUUUUGCGUGGGGUUUAUCCGCCUGGGAUUCUUCAAAGAAGAAAGCCUUGCCAUUUGCCAAGCAGAUUGAUGGACCAGUUGCACUCAGAAUUCGGCCAUUCACCACCAUGAAGCAAAUUAGUGUGUCUAUGGAGGAACAACGCCAAAUAGCAUUCUGAAACUUAAAAUGGCGUUCUACUCCAUGCCGAGGACUCCGGGAUGGAUGCCAAGUGGAGUGGCAACUGGCCGGCGAACAAUGAUGCCCACCGCCCCCGACGCCGACGACAACCCGCUCACCUGUCCCGUCCCACCCGCUCCACGGCGCACUUCACUGGCAGGCACCUGCCGUGCGUUGAGGAAUCCAAGGCUGAGCUGGUUCUCGUCCCUUGUCACCAUGCUGUGCGUUGUUAGGGCCGAUGAGUGCUGGUGCACGCCUGCAGGCUGCAGCCUACACCAAGCGGCUUAUCCACGUCUUCCGCGUGUGCAGCACCAGUAUGCAGCAGCUCAGCCACCAUGACCUGAUCUUUCAGAGUCACAGCUCAAGCAGCUUGACGUGCAUACUCUGAGCCAUCAAUGGGUGGAGUGGCAGCCACUGGUAGUGACCCAACAAGCUGACCACCGCUUGUUUCCCCCAACACCGGCGACACCCACCCAUCCAAGUUGCCGCACUCCCUGCACCUCUAUGUGAUGCUCACUGCAGACCACCCGUCGCAUCCUCUGCAACGAGGAGUCCGGGGGCUGACGGCAAGUGCUGGCACAGGGAUGACACUUUCUCUCCCACCUCCUUGACGACCACAGCAUCCUCCGCCUACUCUUCCUUGGGUUGCGCACAUCACGGGCGUGGUUACAGCCAGAGGCCUAGCUCUCCCACUAUGCGGACGAGGAACCUGGCUCGCUCCAAGUGCCCGGCGCCCUAAGAUCUGGCAGCUACUCCCGGUCCAGGGCAUCACUGUGGAGCGGCAAAACACAAACGGCCCGAUGCCGGUGACGCACACGCUCCCUCGACGAAGCACUCGCCACGGCCGGCUCUUCAUGAAAGAAGAACCAGGCUGCCCUCCCGUUUCUCACUCGCCUUCUGCGCUCCACUGGACUGGCGAGCAAUGGCACUUACUCCAUCAAUGCCAACCGCAUCAUCUUCUGUUUGAUGUGCCCACAUGCUAGCUGCCUGCCUCUGCGACUCUGCCUACUCCCUGCAGCUCCUACCUCGACCUUGCCAUCUUCGACUCCAGCAAAGCCUGUUGGGUCCUUGUAGCCGGUGUAAUUUGGGUCUGGCCAACAGCGCCCGGCUUGUCUAACAGCAGGGAGCAGCUCAUCACCAUCAGCCUGUAGCUAUUGAAUAAACGUCUAUUAGACCACAUGAAUAUAUAUGCGAUGAUCCAUGGUGUGUGGAUAAAUAGUAUAUGUAUUGAUGUAUACACAGAAGACACCAAGGAGUAUGGUCUUGUUGUGCAUAUUGAUUCAGAUGCAUCCGAUCAGUGAAUACCAUUUAAUAUAACUCCUUGUAAACAAUUUUGUAGGCGGAAUCCAAGACUGGAGAAGGGACACGUUACUGCUACAUUCAUGAAGUA